CGCGGUGUUGCCAUUUUUACUUCAGCACGGCUAGUACUAGAGUCGGCUGUGGCUAAGAUGCUAUUGUUCAUUCUUUAAUUGUUGGAGUAUGGAAAUUGAUCAUCUAAUUAUAAAACAGAAGGAGUAUUGAUACAUGUCAAUAAAGUUUGAACAGUUUAUGAAAACUUUUUAAGUUAUUAAAGCCUUAAAUUAAGUAUUCAGACUAUUUUAUUACUUCAAAACUUUGGUUGAAAUAUAAACAUGCUUUCCUCCUCUGAAUUAAAGAAUUGGCCAAUUUUUACUAUAUUAGAGCCCCAGUUCAUUUCAAAAGUCCGUAUGGUUAUUGUGCAUGAUUACUCAGGCAACAAAGCUUUAUUAGUAACAAAUAAUAACAUGGUAUAUGCAAUAGGAACUAAUACAAAUGGGUGUCUUGGAACUGGUGAUACUUGUGACACAUUUGAUCCAAUUCCAGUUAAAGAAUUAUGUAACAAGGAUAUAAAAACCUUUUCAUUUGGCAAAAAUCAUGUUCUGGCCCUCACAAACCAAGGAAUGGUAUAUUCAUGGGGACAAAAUGAUUAUGGUCAAUUAGGGAAUGGAUGUUACCAACAGUCUUUAAUACCAACUAUUGUAACAAAUUCUGUACGCAAUGAACACAUUACGGAUAUAGCUUGUGGAUGUUAUCACUCUCUUGCACUGACAAAUAAAGGAAAGGUAUAUUCAUGGGGUGGUAUUGGUAUUCGGAUAAAUGUACCUAUGAAAAUGACGACUGGUUUAAUUGAUGAAUACAUCGUUUCUGUUACUUGUGGUAUGGCAUUUAACAUGAUAGUUACAGAUAUGGGUAAGAUUUAUAGUUGGGGCGAAAAUAGUGAAGGUCAGCUAGGAAUUGGCAAUAAUUCUAGACAGAAGAAUCCUUGCGAAGUAGCAGCACUCGAUGGCAUUGUGAUUGAAAAGGUAGUUUGUGGUUGUGUACAUACUCUAGCAUUGAGUACUACGGGAGUUUUGUAUGUAUGGGGUGGAAACAAUGCCAGACAGUUGGGAAUUGCUAAUCAGCAUGAUAGUGUUUCUCAUCCAGUGGAGCUGAAUGCACAUGAAAUGGGAAGAGUGCUGGAUGUAGCGGCUUCAUAUUGUAACGAUAUAAGUGUAGCUAUGGGAGAGCAAAACGAGGUAUUUGUUUGGGGACGUUGUCUCGAAAAACUUAUUAGAGUCCCAACGUAUAGACCAUUAAAACAUUUGCACGAUGCGUUUGCGUUUUAUUCAUCGCGUUGUGUAACGGAUCAACCACUUGUAGUUUAUGGAGAACCAACGGAAGCGAGUUUGAUCGACUGUUUGUGGAAUGCAUUUAACGACCCAACUACAAGCGACCUGAUCAUAAAAGUGCAAAGAAAACCUAUCUACGUACAUAAAGCUAUUUUAAAAAUACGUUGUCGAUACCUUAGAAGAAAGUUUGACGAAGACUGGGAUAAGCAGAAUCUGAGUGUUAUAGAAAUCGAAGAAUUUUCCUACAAUGUAUAUGCAGGCUUCUUGCAAUAUCUGUACACCAAUGAGAUUAAUUUACUUGUAGAAGAUGUAGCAGAGCUUUUUCAUAUAGCGGAUACCUAUUCGGAAGAUGAAUUGAAGGGUCUCUGUAUGUUUACAGUACAGAAAGGGAUUACUAUUGGAAAUGUAAUCUCUUUGUAUAAAAAUGCUGUUCAAUAUACAGCUAAGGAAAUACAGGAAUACUGUUUAAAUUUUGCAGCGAAUCGUAUCACCAUAAUGUUACGUACUCCGGGGUUCACUGAAUUAGAUGGCUGUACAUACAAAACUUUUGUAAUGAAAGCUGUUGAAGAAGGUGCUUUUAACAAGUAGCUUACGAUAUCUGUCUGGCAAAGUCUGAAAGAUGUACAUCUUUCACGUGAUACAUGUACAAAAAUGAUGUAUUUCUUUUAUGUUUACUGUAUGUCUCUAUACUUUGUACUUUAUAAUAAAUACUGUUCUGUUACGGUGCAUUUA